UGAACCACUGCAAAACAUCUAUAUGCUGCGGUAUCAGCAAAUACCUUAACAAUAUAUUGACUCGAAUACAAAACAAUCGAUUUCCUUUUUCCUUCACUAAUCACAGCAAACAACACGGUACGGUGGAACCACUUGUCACUCAAUGGAAGCGAGAAUGUCGCCCGACGGUCGCAAGACCAACGAGCCCACUUUCCUCUAUGCGCAAGGCCAGCGCCGAUCUCACAACAGCUCCAUCCGGCAGCACUCUUCAACAAGCGAUGAGAUCGCCAUUACUUGCUGUACCCAAGACCCAACACCAAGGCCUGCCAGAAUUUUACGCAGCGAUGAAUACCCGUAUCCAACCGCGCCAGACAUUGCUGCCGUGGGCGUUCCGGGCAACAGCAGAUUUGACAACUGUGAUAAUAGUGGGAAUGGUGGUAGCUGCUGUGACUAUGAUCGCGUCAAAGACAAACACAUGCCAAACAUAAUGGGCGGAUUUCGUACAAGGCUAUGUCGCACGGUUUGCAAUUGGGCUGCUGCAAAAUUUCGACCAGCAGCAGCAAAAAGGGGUCACUCAAACAUUCAGGCACGCAGCUGCCUUUGCCUGGUUGGAAAAAGACUUGUGUCGAUGGCAGUCCUGUUUGCUGUACUAGCCAUUCUCAUGAUACCAAUGUACAAGUCUGACAGAGAAGACAUGUACAACUUUGGGACAAU